AUGUUGAGCCUCGUAGUGGCAUUUCAAGUCGCGUCGGGACUCGAGUACACUGACACCGGCGUCGCUAUUGUCGGUACGACAGAACCGCUGGAUGUCAACGUGACGGCCGGAACUUCUCGCGAAGACCUUAUCUCAUACGAGUUCGCGUCGUAUAUCGCCGUCCAUUUCGCCGGCUUCAACCUGCCGGAAGGAGAUUCCGUGGUCAUCAGCUCCCCCGACGCAAAUGUCACGGUCUCGCACACGUACACAAAUCGUGGGCGCGACCAGACCGGGACGUUCAUCGCCAGCUUCAUCCCCGGCAAUUCCGUCGCUGUCAUGUACACGUCCGUCGGUACGGCAUCGGCCGGUCAGGGAUACCGCAUCACGGGGUUCUCUCGUGGCUACCCGACCAUGCAACACGAGUCGGUCUGCGGCGACGGAGAUCAGUCGCUACCGGCUAAAUGCUACGCACCCGGCACCAACCUGUCCGAAUCUCUACCUGAAGCUUACACAAAGGCUCAAUCUGUCGCUCGUCUACUGAUUAACGGCACGUACUUGUGCACCGGUUGGCUUGGAGGUAGUGAAGGUCACCUGUUCACGAACCAUCACUGCUUUGAGCAAGAAGAAUGGGCACUCACGACGGACAUUGAGUUCGCCGCGGAGAGCUCCUCGUGUAGUGACCAGUGUGAGACGCAGCUCGGUUGUCCUGGAACGCUUGUAGCCACGACGUCGACACUCAUUGCUGAUGAUGAAGACAUCGACUACGCGGUGGUACAGCUACCGGACUGCGUAGAUCUCUCUCCGUACGGAUAUCUUCAACUGCGUGAGUCUGGUCCGGUAGUGAAUGAGUCGAUUUACGUGCCGCAGCAUCCGGACGGCUACGCUAAGCGCAUCGUGAGCACUAUUGACAACGGAGACAGCACGACAGUGCUCAGUGUCGGGGAGGAUGGAAACUGUGGAACGGAACAGGUUGGACACGACGCCGACACUCAAGGCGGUUCGUCCGGCUCGCCGUUGAUAUCUUCGAAUGACAAUUUAGUAGUUGGGAUUCACCACUGCGGCGGGUGUGCGAACACGGCGAUCGACGUGCGUACAGUGUUGGCGGAUUUGGCGUCGAAGAAUAUCACGAUCAAGAACCUCGUGGCAUCGGAUUACGAGCACAGUGACAGUCACGUCGAACGUCACGACUUCGAACAGUUUGACCAUCACGACGUCGAGCACGCCCACAUCAUCGCCAUUAGCGACAGUACCAGCAUCGACUGCGGGUUCACAGAGCACUCCGUCACCAAGCACUGCCACGACUACAGCUUCAACUGUAACGACCAAAACCACGGCUGCAUUAACAUCCGCCUCCGUGGUCACGUCGACAAAAUCUACCUCGUGGGCUCUAUCGGAUACAACGACGACUCCAGCGGACACUGUAACGUCGGCCAGUUCCACCUCAAAUACGACUAUGGUCACAAGUACAAAUGCUACAUCCACGUCGACUACAGUGACAAGGAAAAUGGCUGA